ACUCCCUCUCGAGAACGUGCCACGAUCGGCAACCGAUUUUCAGAAUAGUUACUGAAAAGUUAUACAACGCUGGCCGGGUUCUUACGUUAUACCCAUAACAUAUACGCGAGUUUCCGGCGACCACGAGGAUCCAAGGCUUUCAAGAAACGGAAGAGACCGCGGUAUGACGGUCGCAGACUAAAAGACAACGGAAUUUUUGCCGAAUGCAUCAUACAAUUGGAAGCAAAAAAUGUGGAAAGUGAUCCUGAAUGUUUUAACGACAUUAAUUGUAACAAGACUGAUAAAAGCUGAUUAUUAUGAAUAUAACCAAGAUCUAUACAAACAGAAUACUACUCCCUUCAAGUGUACAGAGGAUGGUUACCAUGCUGAUCCGCAUGACUGCAGGGUUUACUACAGAUGCGUGGAUUGGGGCAACGGCAACCCAUUGACAACCUUUAGAUUCGAAUGUGGAGUAGGCACUGUAUUUUCAAAAAUUAAAGGAGAUAUUUGCACACAUCCGGGAGAUAGCGGUCGCCCUGAAUGCGCCGGAUCUGAAAAUGAACUUGAUUCAAAUCUAGAUAAUCCUCCAGAGAAUCCUUCUCCCAUAUGGACAACAAUCACACCGCAACAAACCACUAUACAAUCUCCAGUGACUACACCACAAUCAAUAAUUACGACCCAAGCGACAACCAGAAAACCGGAAACAGCGCAAUCAUCGCUAACAAGCCGACCAACCACAGAUCAACCAGAAAAUAAUUGUAAAAAUGAACUUGAAUGUACACAAGAAGAAUUUCUAGCCGAUACCUGCGACUGCAAAAAAUUUUAUAGAUGCGUAGAUGAAGGUUACGGAAAGUUUAAAAAGUAUGAUUUUACAUGCGGUUCGGGAACUGUUUGGGACCCAGAAAUUCAAGGGUGCAAUCAUGCCUGGGCUGUCAAAGGAAAUUGCAGGCAAAGCUUGGAAAAUGAAAACAAUAUUAAUAAUGAUGGACAAUGGCACGGAGACAUGGGAGAUAAUGGCGAACAAGGAAAUGAUAAUAUUGGCAGUGCAAACCAGUCUGGUCAACCAGGACAAGCCGGAGAUCUUAAUAAUCAGCCAGGAGAAUCGGGACAACCAGGACAAGCUGAAAAUCCAGAUGGUCAACCGGGACAAUCGGGUUCUCCAGGCUACCCAGGAAUAGCAGGCACUCCAGGUUUUCCCGGCUAUCCGGGAACACCAGGUUCUCCAGGCACGCCUGGUUCUCCAGGUACGCCAGGUUCUCCAGGUACGCCAGGUUCUCCUGGUUCUCCGGGCACGCCAGGUUCUCCGGGCACGCCAGGUUCUCCGGGCACGCCAGGUUCUCCGGGCACGCCAGGUUCUCCGGGCACGCCAGGUUCUCCGGGUACGCCUGGUUCUCCGGGCACGCCUGGUUCUCCGGGCACGCCUGGUUCUCCGGGCACGCCAGGUUCUCCGGGGACGCCUGGUUCUCCGGGCACGCCUGGUUCUCCGGGCACGCCUGGUUCUCCGGGCACGCCAGGUUCUCCGGGCACGCCAGGUUCUCCGGGCACGCCAGGUUCUCCAGGUACACCGGGAUCUCCAGGUACACCAGAUUCUCCAGGCACGCCAGGUUUUCCAGGCAUGCCAGGUUCUUCAGGCAUUCCGGGUUCUCCAGGUACACCGGGUCCUCCAGGUACACCAGGUUCUCCGGGUAUAGCAGGUUCUCCGGGCAUUCCAGGCUCUCCUGGAAAUCAAGGGACUCCAGGUUUUCCGAACAAUCCAAGCUCUUCGAGCUAUCCAGAGACAUCAGGUUCUUCAAGCACGUCAUGUUCUCCUGGAACUUCUGAAACUUUGAGUUCAUCAAGCUCCCCUGACCAUCAAUUAUCGACAGAUCGUUGUACGAAAGAAGGCUUUUUUGCUCAUCCAAAUGAUUGUCGCAAGUUUUAUCGAUGCGUAAGUGAUGGCAAGUCUUUUACAAAAUACGAAUUUCAAUGCGGUGUUGGAACUGUCUGGGAUUCAUCUAUUGAAAGUUGUAAUCACGUUUACACCGUACCACAUUGCAAUCAUACAAGCGAUAUAAUUCCGAAUGAACCCGACACAUCGCUAAACGAAAUAGAUAGCACCGACAGGCCGGAUACGAGUUUAUUACCGCCUAUGCAAUCUUCAGAAAGUUCUACUAUUCCACCUAUAUCUUCAAGACCGGAGAUAUCGUCUUCGACUCAGCAGGCUGAAAGUAUUACGAGUAAACCUAUUGAAUCAUCCCAAACUACAUCAGUUUCUUAUUUGCCACCCGUUAGUAGUACAUAUCCAUCUACAACAAUGCAAGUUAACGAAUCCAUUUCUAAUCUGCCUUCCGUAACUCAAAUGACCACUUCUAUAUCCUAUUUACCACCUUCAAGUACUGCAACUACAGAUGUAACAUCUGGAUCCACGCCCGAUUCUGUUUCAUAUUUGCCACCUAGUACUAGCGCAUCUAUAGAUACAAAACCCAUAACGAGCACUACAUCGUCUCCGCUUCAAACUGGAAAAUACGAAUGUAAUAAAGAAGGUUUCUAUUCGGAUCCUAGUAAUUGCAAAAAAUUCUAUCGUUGUAUACAAGGCCAAUCUGGUUAUCAAAAGUACGAGUUUGAAUGUAGUCCAGGCACAGCAUGGGAUCAAUCCGUACAAACAUGCAAUUAUAUUGAACAAGUAGCUUCGUGUUCAAUGAAAAAUAACGAGAUCGAUCAAGAUUCGACAUCCAGUACUUCUAAUCCCAUAUCUGGAUCUGUUAUCACAAGUUCUACAACUAUUGCCUCCAGUCAAAUCACUGCAACUACCUCGUCAUCCGCAAUUCCAACAGUUGCCAAUAUUCCAGAAACAUCUAUGGAAUUGUCUACGCCGGAAGAAGAUAAAACAGAAGCUUCGUCAACAACAAUUACUAGCGUCGGCGAAAAACCAGUUUCAGAAAAACCAGAAGAAAUUCAAAUGCCUGAAAGCUCCAGCACGGAAAAUUUAUCCGAAUCCUCAUCCGAACAAUCUAGUUCCGAAUUAAGCGAAGAAUCAUCUUCAUCUACUGAGUCACACGUAUCAAAUUGCACGACUCAAAAGCCAAACAAUACGAUAGUAUGCAACAACGAAGGUUUCUAUCCACAUCCAGUUCGAUGUGAUAAGUUCUAUCGCUGCGUUGAUAAUGGCAAUGGUUUCAACGUGUAUCAUUUUGAUUGUCCACCAGGCACUAUAUUUGAUUCUAGCAUCAGCGUAUGCAAUUAUCCUGAAUCUGUUUAUCCUGCGAGAGAUUGUACGACUGGAAGUACUACUUUGAGCAGUGUUAACGUGGAAUCCACAACCGAAUCUGAAACGUCAAAAGAAUCAACGAUAAUUACCACUACUAUACAGAGUACAACUCAACAAGCAGAAGAAAGCACAAUUAUAUCUAGUACAACGAUAUCGUCUACAAUAACUACUACAGAAAGCACUAUAACUUCUGGUACAGAAUCCACAACUGUGGAAAUAUCAGAAAAUACCGAAAAUAUGACAGAGUCCACUGUUGAAUCAAUUACUGCCAUCACAGAAAAUAUUAUCGAUUCAUCUAGCACUGAACGGACUGAAGCUCCUGACUCCACGGAAUCAACGGAGUCUGAAAAAUCCACGACCGAAUUUGAAGAAUCUACAACAGGAUCUCAGGAACAAUCGACGACUGAAUCGCAGGAGCAAUUGACGACUGAAUCGCAGGAGCAAUUGACGACUGAAUCGCAAGAGCAAUUGACGACUGAAUCGCAAGAGCAAUUAACGACAGAAUCAUCUAAUACGGAAGGUCAAGAGCAAUCAACGACUGAAUCGCAGGAGCAAUCAACGAUAGAAUCUCAAGAACAGUCUACGACAGAGUCUCAGGAACAAUCGACGACUGAAUCAUCAGAACUAACAACGAUGAAACCAGCAUCUGCAACACCUUGCGCUAUAGGCAAUUUGACCGAUGACCAAAUAGCUCUAGUUUGUCCUACUGGCUUCCGAAGGCAUCCAAAAUAUUGCAAUUUAUUCUAUCAAUGUACCUCCGAGGGAAAUAUGGAAAUCAAAAUCCUCGUAUUGAGUUGCCCCGAAAAUACUAUAUUUGAUGAGAAAAAGAUUCAGUGUCUACCUGCAGAUAAAAGUAGUGAUCCAUGCACAGGCGCCAAAGCAAACGUCAGAUUAUAUAGAAGACUGGAAAAUAAUGCUUUAUCUCCCGUAAAAGUAUCGUCAAAUCAGCUUUGUCCGGAAGAAGGACAUUUCCCUUACCAACAAGGUUGCAGUAACAAUUUUUACAAGUGUAAACAGGACAUUCGAGACAAUUUACAAGGAUACUUUUACAAAUGUCCCGAGAACUUUAUCUAUUGGUCGAUUUCCAGAAGAUGCGAACGCGUGACGCGUCUUCCAAUGUGUUCGCAUUUGGCGAACAGAAACAAAACCGAUUGGAACAAUAGAUGGCAAAUACCAACCGAAGACUUUAAUCUUUCCGCCAGAAUGUUACGUUUCUCAUGAGUUGCUCGAUAAUCCCUUUUCUACAUUUUUAUUAUACGAGAGAUUUCGCCAUAAAUGAUUAAUAGACAAUAUAAAUCCUCAGGUUAAUAUAGUAAUAUUCUUAAUGAAAGUCUUAAAUAAUUGAAUAUUGUAAGAAUUAACAAAAUUAUAUUAGUGCAAAAUAAGUG